CGAAAGUUCUAAAUUUCUAAUCAUCCUCUAUCCCCUCCAUUCUUAUUGCUUCUUCUCUGUACUCUCAAAUCUGUGGCAAAGUCAAUGGAGUUCGUACGUUAUUGAGGCUCUGUUCGAAGAAUUCAUCGCCACAUCAAAUGAUCCAAUGUGUAUGAGCGGACAAAGAUUCUUCAGUCCUAAUAGUAGUUUCUCAGGCAUGAACAGUUUUGCCGAGAACAACUCUGCUGCAACCGAAUUAGAUGAAAAGGAGGGGGGUUGUACGGAUCCGACACUAAGGUUCAUAAGCCAGAUGCUAAUGGAGGAAGAAGAGUUGGAGAACCAGUCCUGCAUGCUCACCGAAUGUCUGGCUCUCCAAGCAACUGAGAAGCAAUUAUCCGACGUCCUCCACGGUACCGGCAUCCAGCCCGGCGGCUACUCCUCCGGUAGUCAUCUCAUUCACUCUUCAUCUGAAACUUCGUCGAUUCCAAUUGAGUUCGAUCAUGGAUAUGUAUCUCGAUCUAGCGGGAAACGGAUCCACGAUUCUCCAUUACCCGACAAUGAAUCUGCAGAAACCCACCAGAGAAACCCUAAGUACUUGGCGGCCAGUAAUUCGGAAGAAUCCGAAGAGCCCCUGGAUGAUACCUUCUACGACGCCCUUCUCUGCCCCGUAGACAGAACCAAUUCCGAACCUAAGGCUGCAGGGAAGACCCGCCGCCGUAGGAAGAAGAAAGGAGAAGUGAAAGUGAAAACGGAAUCCGUCGAUGUCAGAAGAUUGCUCACCCAAUGUGCACAAUCCAUAUCGAAUUGCGACAUGAAGGUGGCGACCGAGACUCUCAAGAAGAUAAGACGGCACUCUUCUCCUUACGGGAACGGAAUAGAAAGGACGGCGUUCUAUAUCGUCAAUGCGCUCGAGGCACGCGCAAACGGAAUGGGGACAUCACUCUUUGCAUCUCAGGAUCCUAGCUCAGCUGCGGAUAUGGUGAAGGCCGCUCAGAUGUAUAUCCACGCAGUCCCCUUCAUGGCAGUAUCAACCAUGAUGGCCAACUUAUGCAUAGGAAAGCUUGCUGAUGCAGAGGGAGUAACCAGCCUCCACAUCAUAGAUUUUGGAGUUUCUUAUGGUUUUCAAUGGCCAAGUUUCAUCCAAGGUCUCUUGGUGAGGCCCGGUGGGCCUCCCAGGCUUCGCAUCACCGGGAUAGAAUUUCCCGGGCCCGAUUUCCACCCCAAUGAGCGGGUCAGGGCCACGGGCCUUUGGCUGGAGAAAUACAGUAAGAGAUUUAAUGUCCCAUUUGAGUUCAAAGCCAUAGCACGGAAUUGGGAGAGUAUAACACUUGAAGAUCUUGAGAUCGACAGGGCCGAUGACGUGCUGGUUGUCAACUGCUUGGACAGGCACGGUAACGUGCUGGAUGAUACGGUGGUGCUUAACAGCCCGAGGGACAUGGUACUCAAUCUCAUCAAGAACAUUAAUCCAGAUGUGUUCAUCCACGCGGUCGUCAAUGGGGCCUACAACGCCCCGUUCUUUGAUGUGCGGUUCCAAGAGGCACUCUUUCACUUCUCCUCGCUGUUUGACAUGUUAGAUGUGACUCUUCCAAGUGAAAACACAGAGAGGCGACUAUUUGAGGAAACUGUUUUUGGGAAAAGAUUGAUGAAUGUGAUCGCUUGUGAAGGAACAGAAAGAAUUGAGAGGCCCGAGACAUACAAGACAUGGCAAGUUCGGAGCCUUAGGGCUGGACUCCAACAACUCCCUCUCGAUCAGGAGAUCGUGAAGUCUGUAACUCAUAAAGUGAAAUCAGAUUACAAUAAGAAUUUCUCCGUGGAAGAAGACAAGAACUGGUUGUUGCAAGGAUGGAAAGGAAGGGUUCACCACGCUGUCUCUUUUUGGAAGGCUAAUAACAGCUAGUCGAAUUGUUAUUUUUGUGGCAAAUUAGCAAUGUCUAUUACAGUCCAUGGACACCAGACCUGUGCAAGUUUCUUCCUCUUUUUGAUCUCCCUGUGUAUUUGCGCUUGAGUUAGCAAUGUCUAUUACAGUCCAUGGACACAAGAACUGUGCAAGUUUCUUCCUCUUUGAUCUCCCUGUGUAUUUGCGCUUGAGUUGUUCAAUUUUGAUGAGCUCACAGCCCUAUCUUUACUUAAUGCGUUUUGUCUAGAGCAAUCAGGAUUGUAUAAGAGGUAAAUGAGUUUGAAUCUUUAUGAAAUGAAGUGUUGUGAUAAUAAAAUUUAAGUGAUCGGAUAUGAUGUAAAUGAAGCUCAGAACAACAUGACUACUACAUGGCCAAAUAAUUUUUUUUAUA